AUGGAGGUUGCUAACCCCCGCCGCAUACUCGCAGUCUCUCUGGUUGAGUCGCAGGAGCACUUGUCUACAGUCAUAAAAGACCUCACUGGCGCGUACCCAGAGCGCUCGGCUGGAACGGGCUCAUUGGCUGGGACAACGCAAGAACUGUUUCUAGACACGCCAUACUACUCGGCGCGAGUGCCUGUGUGGCUUGACCUGAUUGGAGCUGAGGAGCAGGCAGAGCAGGCAGAGCCGGCAGAGGAUGUUCCAGCCGUAGGAGAGCCGGCAAAGGCUUCAGAAGAAGUCCCGGCACAAGAUCAUGUCACAAAUGCGAAAGGGGACGUUGACGGUACUGCUGGUUCUGGCGCUGCCGCCGCCGCCUCUCCGAUGACGCCUCGGCAAUGGGCCGACGCUUUCCUGGAAGAGGAAGCGCGCGAGGUGAGAGCAGCACUGGGUGGUGUGGUAGUGGUAUUGGAGAUGAAUAGCAGCACGGGUGCAGAGGGUGGGCCGACAAGGCCAAAUCGCGUCGAGCAGCAGCGUGAUCUCAUCAGACAUGUUGGCCGUCUGAUCCAAGAGGGAUUGGGCGUGGCGGCCCUUGACGACAAUGACGGAGAGGAGGCGCGGGAGUAUUACGAUGACUCCUGGGACGGCGUCGGACUGGUGGUCGGCAUCGCGCCUCGGGGCACUGGUCCGCCGCUGGCCGAGGACCUGCUGGCCGAGUGGGAAGAUGCCUGCAUAGCAGCAGGCCUGGAGUUUGUGCUGGUAGCCUCGGGUCAGGCAGCGACGAAUGAGUUUGGCGAGAAAACGGGCAUUCCUCGCGUGCUAGAAGCACUACAGGCCAACGACUGGAACCAGGCAGACGGACUGGGCCUGGAUGGUGAUGGCGUUGACGAUGGCGAUUUCGAGUUUGGGGCUUUUCAAGAUUCGGACCGCGAGCUGCAUCGUAUUGUCAACCGCGGUGAUGGUGACGGGAGUCACGACGACGGCGACGAGCUUUUUGACCCCGAGAGUCUCGACUUUGGCUUUGACCGGACCGAUUUUGCCGGCCUACGUGAGGCUAUCUGGCGGCAGAGCACCAGGACUGUCGAGGGUGGUGCCGGGGACCAGGAUGCUGCCGGGGCCGUGGAGGACGAGGAAGACGACGGCGUGCAAUCAGUCGAGCGCAUGAUGCAGAAGCUGCUGGCAGCGCGAGACCUGGGUGCAGGGUUGCCACCAGACCAGCGGCGCCGUUUGGCGGCACGGGCUGUGGGAGAGGUGAUGCGGGAGCUCUGA